CAAUGUAAUAUCAGGUACCAAUCCCUGAAAUGUUAUACUUUCUAGUUAGAUAUCCCCAAUUAAAAAAUAUCUCCGAAGAUUUGAACGUGGCUCAAUGGAGGAUUUAGCUUUUUGAGGCGCCGAGCGCCCUCUGGUGGAAAUUUAUGAACGCAGAAAAGUCACCACUGGAAUAUGAAAUCGAAACUGAUCUGAAGUCAGAAGCAAAAAUAAACAGGUAACUUGAAUCCGCCUCUCUCCGAUCACCUGAAAACUAAUGGAUAAAACUGUAAUCAAGUACAGACACUGUGGAAGAGACAUUUAUAGUUUUUCACAUCAAAAUGACGAUUUGGAGAGAUCUCAUUGUCCGUUCUGUCAUCAGAUCCUCACAUUUGGACUUUUAGACGCACCCGUGACACUUCCCUGUCCUUUUAUAAACGGACACAAAGUUGCAUGUGCAUUUUUGAUAGGAUCAGUUCACGGACCAUCAUAUCUUGGAGAAUGGCAUGACACAGAGAUACAUGUGGGGCUCUCAAGUUCAGAAGGUCGGGUCUAUAACUACACCCUCUCAGGGAUCCGGAAAGAUGAUCAUGGAUGGGAACAGUGUGUCUGUUUACAGCUGGUCCCGCCGUGGAGACAUGACCUGAGGGAAUCGUGGGACAGAGGGCUGGAAGAGUUUUCUGCACUUCCAGAAUGGGUUUCAGAACGAUUUCAUGAAGAGAGGGAAUUUGGGUCGUGUUGUUAUGGUUUUGCUCUGACUUUCAUCAACCACAUGCGCUCACUGGAUGGGAAAAUGUCUCUGAGCAGAGAUGAGUUCACAGGACAACAUGUUUUACCCACAAUGAAGACAGUGUCCAUAUACAUCAAGAUCUAUCAAGCAAUAUCACAACAUGGCUUUCAUAUUGCUGAGAAAUUGAAUAACAUGUGACAAAUUAUAUAUAAUUAAAAUAAAACAUUAUAUAAAUGCAUUAUGCAAAAUAGGCAUGUGACGGUAUUCGAUAAUACGGUAUAUCACGUAAUUAACAUGUACAGUAUUGUUAUCGUUAUUCUAGAUAAUCUUUUAGCCAAAUUGUUUCGAUUUUUUUGACCGCACAGUAGUUUUUUUCCAUCAACAAAUCAAGAUUAACAACAUAAGGGUAUGCGUCAUAAAUGACACAUGCACACUCUGAUGUAAACAAAACCAAUGUGGACAAGAAGCAUGGCUGAAGGAGGAAUGCAGCCGACACUAUAUCAGCUUUCUACUAGGGUUAAGUCAGAAGUGGGGAAGUUUUUGGUUCCCAUAAAAAUGCAGAGAGAUAGUUGUUCGAAGAUGGUUUCCCUUUGUGUAAAACAAACGAAACACAGGAACACCUCCAACAUUUUCACUCAUCUGCAGGACAAUCAUCUUGUGCAAUUCAGCAAGAUAAAGGUAAGUUGUGACAGUUCUGCUUGUUUUUCUGAGACAACACUCUGAGAGACAUUGCUGUGUGACAGCUAAGACGACAAAGAAAGUGAACUGUUGUUGCCAUUUGCAAAUAAUGUGUAGUUUGCUUUCAAGUGGCUGAAGAGUAGUUUGCUUAAACUCUGCUAGCUAUCAUUUGUGUCUUGUAGUAACAACUAAAAUACAGUUGUAAUCAGCUAAUACUAAGUCAUGUUAUUAAUAAUGGCAAUGUGGCACAAUGAUGAUUUCAGUAUUAAGUUCAAAUUGGAACGCAACGCAAUCUUACGUUGACAUAGAGUGUGAGUGAAUUUGCAGUCGUUAAAUCUGUAGUAAAAAAUAUUUUACUGUUCUUCAUACAUUAUUUGAUAUAUAGGCUACUGUUGUAAGCACAGUGUUCCAUUGAAACCAUGUAGUCACUGUGGUUUGAUGUGUUUACAGGAUUAAUUUACCACAUGACAGAUGUGGGUUAAUUACCCAUGACAGGUUGGAAACCUGCUUGUUGUUUGAAACAGGUUUUAAGUGAAGACGUCUGGUUUUGGAUUGCAGGUCUAUAAUAUACCUGACACCCUCUCAGAGGAUCAAGUUUUGGAAAAGAUAUUGAAUGUAACAUGGACAUGAAUAAAUUUCUAUCAAUAUAAAAGAAAAAGUCUAUAAUUUAGAUACUGUGAUUGGUCAAGAUUUUUUACAAUUUACAUAACCUUUAGCAGUUCAUUUAAAUGGUAUUGCGGUCUGACACAUUUUUAAAAGAACAAAUGCUCUAAUGUGGUCGCUACAAUAGUUAGACACAUGCUGUUUAAAAUAGUUGUCAACUACCUUAAAAACAAACAAAAUGUGAUUUUUAAGUUAUGGCACUAAACAUUUAAAAAAGUAAGAAAUAAAACAGGAUUGUGUGUGUAUUGAUGAGAUUUUUGUUAUUUAUUUAAAUAAUUGUGCAAAGAAACUGUUUAUUAAUUUUAAUAACACUGAGAAAAAAAAGGUCAGAUUACAAACCAUUUUGUUGUGUUAGUUGAGCAAAAAUCCAUGAAAGUCAGUACAACUAUUUUAUGUACAUUUAAUACUUUAAUCUAACCAUAGUUUUUUCUUAGAAUGAAAACGAUGAGUUUUGUAAACAACGCUUUAUGACUUAAUUAAAAAAACUUCAGCAAACCUAUUAUUUUAAGUCAGUCUCUUUUACUUUGUAAUCUAAUCGAUGUUUUCACCCAAAAUCUAAUUGAUUUUGGGUGGGAACAGACCAAAAUAUAACACCUUUUUCACUGUACAUCUUGCCAUUGCAGUCUCUAGGAA